AAAUAAAUAAUAUCCACUUCUUAUUUGAUUGGUUAUGAUUAUGUACAUAACAUAACUGUUAGUUUUAUCAAUAAAUGUAGUAUGACGUUUGACUGUAGUAUGACAUGACAGACGACAGUUCAGUUAACCUCAAAUCUUUAUCUUGGGUCGUCCAGCAAGCACGGACGGCAGUAAAAAUCAAAAAAUUAUUAAUUGUAUACAUAGAUUUUUAUUAAAAAAAUCAUGUCGAAAGGAUUUACAGAAGAUUUUGAACAGAGCUAUGAUUAUAAUUACGAAGACUAUGCCUCGCAUACUGGGGAUCCCAGUUUGGAUGAAUACAAUAGGCAGCACUUUAAGAUGCCAGAAAGUGUGAAAAAUUUUUUGGUAUAUUUUAGAAACAAUGUGAAUGAAGGUUUAAUAUUUGAAUUGCAAGCUUUGUAUGAACACACUUGGCCAAAAUUGACUGAGGAUUAUUUUGAGAAAAGACCAUGGCCCGAAGAGAGCGAAGUGGCCACUAUUGUAGAUAGUGAUCCUGUAUUUAUGAUCCUCUACAAAGAACUGUACUUCCGCCACAUUUACGCAAGAAUCCAAGGCGGUCCUUCUCUAGAACAGCGAUUCAACUCCUUCUACAACUAUUGCGAUCUAUUCAACUACAUUUUGAGCGCAGAAGAACCCGUGCCGCUCGAAUUACCCGAUUUGUGGUUGUGGGAACUGAUCGACGAAUUCGUUUACCAAUUCCAAUCGUUUGCCCAAUACAGAUCCAGGUUGCAAAAUAAGAAAGAACAAGAAUUGGAGACGUUAAAUUCAAACAACAAAGUUUGGAAUGUACUUUGUGUUUUGAACGUAUUGCACUCGCUGGUCGACAAAAGUAACAUCAAGCAACAGUUAGAAGUGUAUGCUAGCGGUGGCGAUCCGGAUUCUGUGUCAGGAGAGUUUGGUAGCCAUUCGCUGUAUAAGAUGUUGGGAUAUUUCUCUUUGGUGGGCUUGUUGAGGCUGCACUCUUUGCUCGGAGAUUACUACCAAGCUAUCAAGUUGCAGGUUUUGGAGAAUAUAGAAGUACAUAAAAAGUCUCAAUACGCCCACAUCCCCGCAUGUCAAAUUUCGACGUCAUACUAUGUGGGAUUCGCCUACAUGAUGAUGCGACGUUACUCGGACGCGAUAAGAACGUUUUCGUCCAUUCUUCUCUACAUCCAACGCACCAAACAAUUAUUCGCCUCGAAAACGUACCAACACGAUCAGAUCAACAAACAAACUGAUCAGAUGUACCAUCUUUUAGCCAUCUGCUUAGUGCUGCAUCCGCAAUGCAUCGACGAAUCCAUCCAGCAGACGCUCAGAGAGAAAUCCUACCACGAGAAGAUGUACAAGAUGCAGUAUGGGGAUCUGCAAGAGUUUGAAAACAGUUUCGUCUAUGCCUGUCCUAAAUUCUUAUCACCAUAUCCACCACCCAUCGAUUCGUUACCUGGAGAUUACUCCAAAGAAGCCAUUCAACAUCAAACCCAGGUAUUUAUGGAGGAGGUGGCGCAGCAGAAGAUGCUGCCGACCAUCAGGAGUUAUUUGAAGCUCUACACGACCUUGCCUUUGAGUAAAUUGGCUACUUUUAUGGCGCAGAAUAGCAGAACGAGCGAAGCUAGUAAUAGAGAUUUGGACAAGGAGAUGCAGUCGCUGGUGAUACAUUUGCUGUGUUUCAAGCAUAAGAUGAAGAACGUGGUGUGGUCGAAGGGGGCGUCAGGUUUGGAGGGAAAGUUCCAGAGCGGGUCCGAGCUUGACUUUUAUAUCGAUAACGAUAUGAUCCACAUCGCUGACACCAAGGUGGCGCACAGAUACGGGGACUUCUUUAUUAGGAAAAUUUUGAAGUUCGAAGACCUUAACAGGAAACUUCAUCAGCUGAAGCUCUAA